AUGAUCGAGCUGAAGGCCCUCUCCUGCCAGGACCUUUCCCUGCCGCUCUUUCAAUGGGGAUAUCCGCCCCCGGUCUACGCCGUCGUGUCACUCGGCGACGGCGGCGGCAGUGUCACCCGCAAGCAGUCACAGAGCACCCCCUUCGAUCGCUCCGGCGGUCGGAACCCGGAGUGGAACCAGGAGAUCCGCUUCGACCUCGCCGCUGCAGCCGCGGAUGGCUCCUCCUUGAGAUCCCUCCUCCUCGAGUUUGACUUCGUGGUGCGCUCCGGCUUCGGAGGCCUCCUCGGCGAUAAGAUCGUGGGGUUGACCCCGAUCCUACUUCGUGAUCUCGUCGAGGGUUACUCCCGGGACGCUUGCAGCAGCGACAACCGCUUCAAAUCUGUGAGCUACAAGAUAGAUUCCCCCAGCCGCGGAGUCCUCACGUUUCGUUAUCGGGUCAGGUCCCACCUCAAGGACAGCAAGCUGCCGCCUCGAUCGCCUCCUAACCUGCAAUCGCAGAGCUGUGGAAGCCCUCAUGGCGGUGAGUACGAUGCACCCGUCCCGCCUCGACCGGCGAUGCCAUCCGGCUUCUACCCACCUCUUCCCCUGUCGCCACCGGCAACCCACCUAUACGGUCCUCUUCCGACCAAAUCUCCCACGCAGCAGCUACUGGGGGCAACGUUCUACGACUGCUGCCCAGCUCCUCUCCCUCCCUCUCCACCUCCGCCGUCGUCGGGAUUGUACAGACACGCGGACUUCGGACUCUGGGGGAGAGAACAUCAGAUAUCGUGGUCGCCGGCCGUCCCCUUUCCAGCCCCGCCGGCUGAUCCCUACUCCCCGCCUUAUAGCGUCCACGGUUUCCCUGGAGACGGGACCGGCGCUGCGUAUCGAGAGGAUUACGGCAUCCCCCACGCCGAAAAUUCUUCCUCCAUGUUCCUCUGGAAGAUCUCUCAGAAUGGAGGGUACUGA